CCCGCCUCCGCCGGGCCAAGCGGCGGUCCCGCUGACAGUUGAGGAUGGCCGGGGCGGAGGGGUCCGCUGGGCGGCAGUCGGAGCUGGAGCCCGUGGUAUCGUUGGUCGACGUUCUAGAGGAGGACGAGGAGCUGGAGAACGAGGCGUGCGCCGUACUGGGCGGCAGCGACUCGGAGAAGUGCUCCUACUCGCAGGGCUCAGUAAAGAGACAAGCACUAUAUGCCUGUAGUACGUGCACCCCAGAGGGAGAAGAACCAGCAGGAAUUUGCCUAGCUUGCAGUUACGAAUGUCAUGGAAGUCAUAAACUAUUUGAGCUAUACACAAAAAGAAACUUUCGUUGUGAUUGUGGGAACAGCAAGUUUAAAAAUUUGGAAUGCAAAUUAUUUCCUGACAAAGCAAAGAUAAAUCCUGGCAAUAAAUACAAUGACAACUUUUUUGGAUUGUACUGCAUUUGUAAGAGACCUUAUCCUGAUCCUGAUGAUGAGAUUCCGGAUGAGAUGAUCCAGUGUGUGGUCUGCGAGGACUGGUUCCACGGGAGGCAUCUUGGUGCUGUUCCCCCUGAGAGCGGCGACUUCCAGGAGAUGGUGUGCCAGGCUUGUAUGAAGCGCUGCUCCUUCCUGUGGGCUUACGCUGCGCAACUGGCGGUCACCAAAGUAUCCACAGAGGAUGACGGGUUGGUGCUGAAUGUUGAUGGAACAGGUGAUCAGGAAGUCAUCAAACCCGAAAAUGGAGGUCAUCAAGAUAGUAGCCUCAGAGAGGAUGUUCCCGAAUAUGGAAAAGAUGCGGUCCAGGAAGUCAAAGCAGAGCAGACUAAUGAACCAUGUGCCAGCUCUAGUUCUGAAUCUGAUCUCCAGACAGGGUUUAAGAAUCAGCAUCUCAACUCGGAAUCACAGUCUGGCUGCAGACUUCAAGAGCUUAAUGCUAAGCGGUUUGUAAAGAAGGACACCGCCACCUAUUGGCCUGUUUACUGGCGCAGCAAGUUAUGUACCUGCAAAGACUGCAUGAAAAUGUAUGGCGAGCUAGAUGUCCUGUUCCUGACAGAUGAAUAUGACACAGUUCUGGCUUAUGAAAACAAGGGCAAGGUCGACCAGGCAGCUGACAGGAGAGACCCUUUAAUGGACACCCUUAACAGCAUGGACAGAGUCCAGCAAGUGGAACUCAUUUGUGAAUACAAUGACUUGAAGACCGAACUUAAAGACUAUCUCAAGAGAUUUGCUGAUGAAGGCACGGUGGUCAAGAGGGAGGACAUCCAGCAGUUUUUCGAAGAAUUCCAGUCCAAGAAGAGGAGACGAGUGGACGGCAUGCAGUAUUACUGUAGCUAGAGCGGAGGCCGCCGCGGAGGCCACUUAUGGUGCCCGGAAUAAAAGAGGCGUAUCUCACACCUGGUCCUGUCUCGGCCUCGCGCUCUCUCCCCUCCCUAAGCACAGCAGCCACAGCGUGGGUGCCGAUCACCCGGCCGGCCCCCUCCGCCUCCGCCCAGCGAGGCUCGGCGCGCAAACCGCAGGCCCACCACCCGACCACCGAGUAACCCCCAGGUUAUUUGCUUCUGAGUUUUAAGGAGUUUGAUUUGGUUUUGAGAAAGUAAACUGGUUUCUUUGCUAAUGAUAUUUUCUUUAACUCCUGAACGUAUCUCCCCUGCCGCAGAGCUGUUGUCUCCAGGGACCUGCUCUGCGGGGCACGGCAGGAGCCUUCUUCCGGUCUGCCAGAGCCCCACUAGGUCCCUCACCGCUCUGAUCGUGGUGCCUUGGGUCAGCGCUUCCUCAGGCCCGGUCUCCUCUCCCCCAUCCCUGCGUUCUCUGGCGUGCUCACUGCAGAGAGGCGUCCCAAAACUUGCUUCAGGCCGGGCCGAGGGCCGAUGGUUUUCUGGGCUGGAUGUUGUCGCAGGCAGGGAGGUGGGCUGAGGCCAGGAUCGAGGAAGCCAACCUUCGUUACGAUCUUUACUAAUAAAUUUCACGUGAAAAUUUCGUUCAUGAUUCUCUUGGCACUAGAAUAUUAGCAUUUCCGUACUGUAGUGCUCACAGGGCUUCCUGGAGAAAACUCGCCAGUGUACUAGUCCCUUUUCUGCUGCCUAGAAAACAGACCGGGUACUACCCUGUGAAAUCUUGGUGGUUUACAGAGUCCUCUGGAUUUCUUUAUAUUAUCAGGGAUAUUCAUAAGCAUAUAGUAAAAACGGACCUAUUUUGAUAUUAUUCUGUUAUGGAAAUGUUCUUAGAACCCCAGUAAAUUAUUAUUUUUCCCCUAAAAUCUGUGUUGAAGAGAAAAGAUACUGGUUUAGCUUCCUUGUAGUAAGCAGGGCAGUGAGUAUCCUGUUUUGGAAGAGGCAAACGUGUGUGAGAGAUUCCCACCUAGGCCCUAGGCUGCACGAAUGAUGAGCUUUAUGUAAAUAAAAGUUAACGUCCACAGCUGGUUCUCUAAUGACCAUGAGAUCUUCUUUUGAAGAACCUUCUGGACAGUUGUAUAAAACCCCAUAUUUGAGGGGAAGUCCUUUUGGUUGGUAUGAAAGCGCUUUAUGGCCCUGAGUCCAUGUGGAAAACACCUUUGAUAAACACAGAGCCUCGGUUGCUCUCCCUCGGGAGCGACAUGGUCUCUGCUGACAAGAGGUGACACACUUUAAGGUAUGUGACUCUAAGCCUCAGAGGCUUCGGGGCCACAAGGGAGCAUUGAUUUCCUUCUGUGUGUCCAGCCAUGGCCAAUACCAGUCCCUGGAUGAGAUGAACUCAGCCUAGAGAACAUCGGGGCCUCAAAGCAAUGGUCCAACCCCUGGUUUUCUGCCUCAAGACUCCUAAUUCCAGAUCCCCAUGAGGAGUGGUGUGUGGAGCUCAGGGAGCCUGUGGCCACGGGACAUGCUUGUGUGCCCUGCGCUGUUCUUGUAGAGAGGCUAGGUUGCCAGGCUCGGGGCAUCUCUGAGAUGGUGGACAGCUGGGGACCCUCAUCUGAGUCUGAGGACUUGCACCUGUCCCAUGCAGGCUCGCGCCUGGACGCUGCAGUGGCCAGCAGGGUCUCCGCCUGCCCGGCGUCGGCUCUGUUGGCCACGAGGUUCCUGGCCCCCCAGGACUGCCACGGAGGCCACGUGUUCCCGGCCGGCACAAAGUACACUCCUCCCGGGGCUGAAGGGCUCCUCCAGAAAGGUACUGACCCUUCUUUUACAUUAACCAGAAAACCUCUUUUUUUAAACCUAUGUUCACAACUAGUUUUCUUACUGACCGCGACGGACUGUCUCUUCUUGUGGAGACGGAUUUUGGCCAGCGUGUGGCAGUUAACAUAAAUGCAUGUUUUAUGCAAGACAAGAAUGUGGUAUUAGUUGCUUUUAAGGAACUCUGGCAUUGUAUGUGCGUUUUUGUAGAAUUGUUACUGGACUUAAAAUGACAUACUUCGAUCAGGUUUCUGUAAAGUUUAAAUAAAACCGGUUCAAC